CAGUGCAUUGUGGGACGUGGGCUGACGCCGAAGUCAAGAUGGCUGUGAACGUGAAGCAGGGUGAACAGCCUGCAGUGGGAAGGCCGUGAAUGAAGUUUUGAAUAGAAAAUAUCUUCGCCGCUGCCCGUUCGCACUCAGACCAUCGCGCCGUCCAAGUUGCAAUCGACCCGCGACGGAGCUGACCCCUUCACCAACAACAGCAGCGGAAUCGCAAACAACCGAGGAGAAAAAGUCUCGUAUGAAUCCCGACGAGAAGGAGGACUGUGAGUGUGCGCCACCACAGGCCGAGACCAGCCCCGCAGGAGGAACCGAUAGAGAAUACGAGGAGCCUGAAAUAGGAAACCCAGAAGCAAGCCGAAUGAAGCGAGCAGCUGCCAAACAUCUAAUAGAGCGCUAUUACCACCAGUUAACGGAGGGCUGUGGGAAUGAGUCAUGCUCCAACUCAUGGUGUGCCUCGUCAGUCGGCUUCAACCGCAUGGAUAACAAUGCAGCUGCGGUCAAGGCCCUUGAGCUCUACAAGGUCAACGCCAAGCUAUGUGACCCCCACCCCUCGAAGAAGGGCACCGCUUCGGCCUACCUGGAGAGCAGCGCUCACAGCAACUCGGCCUCUGCCAACAGGAAGAUGAACCAUAAAGAUGUCCACUCUGUACGGGACAAUUUCAAAGAUGUAAAUUACCUGACAGAGGAGAAAGUGUAUGAGAUCUUGGACAUCUGUGGCGAGAAGGAGGAUUACUCGCCCCUGAUCAGGGUAAUAGGUCGGGUGUUCUCGAGUGCUGAGGGCCUAGUGCAGAGCUUCCGGAGGUCCAAACCUCACACCAAGGAGGAGCUCAAGUCCCUCCAAGGCAAAGAUGAGGACAAGGACGAGGAUGAGAAGGAGGCUGCUGCCUGCUCUGCUACGGCUAUGGAGGACGACUCCCCCGCCUCCUCUUCCUCAUCAAGGCUGGGAGAGGGCUCUUCAGGGAAAAACGAUGUCCAAAAGCUGGCACCUGACGAGGUAUCGGUGGACAUUGACGCCGUGCGCCGGGUCUACGAACGCCUGCUAUCCAACGAGAAGAUCGAAGCCGCCUUCCUGAAUGCACUGGUCUACCUCUCGCCCAACGUAGAGUGUGACCUGACGUACCACAAUGUGUAUUCACGAGACCCAAACUACCUGAACCUGUUUGUUAUAGUGAUGGAAAACAGCAACCUCCACAGCCCAGAGUACCUGGAGAUUGCACUCCCGCAGUUCUGCAAGGCCAUGAGCAAACUCCCACUGGCAGCUCAGGCCAAGCUGGUCCGCCUGUGGUCGCACUACAGCGCCGGGCAGAUCCGGCGCAUGGUGGAGACCUUCCAGCAGCUUAUCACCUACAAGGUGAUCAGUAACGAGUUCAACAGCCGCAACCUGGUCAACGACGACGACGCAGUGGUGGGGGCCACCAAGUGCUUGAAGAUCGUCUACUAUGCAAACGUGCUGGGCGGCGACCUCGACAUGGAGCACAACGAGGAGGAGGACGAGGAGCCCAUCCCCGAGUCCAGUGAGCUCACCCUGCAGGAGCUGCUGGGCGAGGAGCGACGGAACAAGAAGGGUCCACGGGUGGACCCCGUGGAGACGGAGUUGGGAAUCCGCACCAACGAUUGCCGGCGGCCGCUCAUCCCCUUUGAGGAGUUUGUCAAUGAGCCUCUGAACGAGGUGCUGGAGAUGGACAAGGACUACACUUUCUUUAAGGUUGAAACUGAAAACAAGUUCUCCUUCAUGACCUGUCCCUUCAUCCUAAAUGCUGUCACCAAGAACCUGGGUCUGUACUACGACAACCGCAUCCGCAUGUACAGUGAGAGGCGUAUUACUGUGCUCUACAGUUUGGUGCAGGGCCAGCAGCUCAACCCUUACCUGCGCCUCAAAGUGCGUCGAGACCACAUCAUUGACGAUGCUCUGGUCAGGCUGGAAAUGAUAGCGAUGGAAAACCCUGCAGACUUGAAGAAGCAGCUGUACGUGGAGUUUGAAGGAGAGCAAGGUGUUGAUGAAGGAGGCGUUUCCAAAGAGUUCUUUCAGCUGGUGGUGGAGGAAAUCUUCAACCCCGACAUUGGCAUGUUCACGUACGACGAGCGCACCAAAUUGUUUUGGUUCAAUGCGUCGUCUCUCGAAAACGAGGGCCAGUACACGCUGAUCGGCAUCGUUCUGGGCCUGGCCAUCUAUAACAACUGUAUCCUGGAUGUGCACUUUCCCAUGGUGGUCUACAGGAAACUGAUGGGCAAGAAAGGAACCUUCAGGGACCUGGCUGACGCCAACCCGGUUCUGCACCAGAGUCUGACGGAGCUGCUGGAGUAUGAGGGCAGCGUGGAGGAGGACAUGAUGAUCACUUUCCAGAUUUCCCAGACGGACCUGUUUGGGAACCCACUCAUGUAUGAUUUAAGGGAAAAUGGGGACAAGAUUCCAGUCACAAAUGAAAACAGAAAGGAGUUCGUGGCCCAGUAUGCAGAGUACAUGCUGAACAAAAGCGUGGAGAAGCAGUUCAAAGCCUUCAGGAGAGGCUUCCACAUGGUCACCAACGAGUCGCCCCUCAAAUACCUGUUUCGGCCCGAAGAAAUCGAGCUGCUCAUCUGCGGAAGCAGGAACCUGGACUUCCUAGCACUUGAAGAAACGACAGAAUACGAUGGCGGUUACAACAGAGAUUCUCGAAUCAUCAAGGAGUUCUGGGAGACGUUGCACUCGUUUGGAGAGGAGCAGAAGCGUCUCUUUCUGCAGUUCACCACCGGCACCGACCGGGCACCUGUGGGUGGGCUUGGCAAGCUGAAGAUGAUCAUCGCCAAGAAUGGCCCUGACACAGACAGGUUACCGACGUCUCACACUUGCUUUAACGUGCUGCUGCUGCCCGAGUACAGCACCAAGGAGAAGCUGCGAGAGAGACUGCUGAAAGCCGUCACCUAUGCCAAAGGGUUUGGCAUGCUCUGAGCGCCUGCUCCGAGCACUCGGCAAAGGGACUCCUUCUCAGAAAGCCCAUCAAACCCCGCCCCGCCCCCUUCCUUUAUCAAGACCCAAUCUAGACGGUGACAAAGACCGACGAGAGCACGGUUUCGUGGCAAAGCAAGUCAAUAACGAGAGAGAGGAGACACAGUUCCGAUAGAGCGCUGUAGUAGUUCUUCUACUGUGCCUGCAACAUCCCUCAUCAGUCAGUGUGAGAGCACAGAGAUCUCCUGAUCAAAGUACCCGCAGCCCCCCCUUUAUCUUUUGUCUGUACAGAGAGGAUCACUUUCCUUAUUAUUUAUUUGAAGGCUAAAAAUGGGUGAUUUGUUUUUUUCUGUUUUUUCAUGCCUGCCUGUUCCUUCCCUACUCGUGGAAAGGGAAAUGGUAAUAUUAAAACUAUAUAAAUUUAGGACGAAACAUUAACAAGUCGGUUAUAAGCCCCAUUUAUUGAACAAAAGCGUGUUAGUGUAGCUCAGUUCUGUUCACAGAGGAAAAUCUAGUUUUUAGAGUAGUCUUGAAUACAGAGUACUGUAUUCCCCUCUGACCAUUCCACUAACAGCCAUCGCUCACUGUUUCUACCAAGUCCACUUUGAUCAAGGUAAGCAUUCGGAAAAACGACUGUCAUUUGGCAAAAUGGCAUUAUACUAUAGCUGUUCUUGAGUUGAGUUCAUUUUUUUCCUUCCGGGGAGGGGGGGAGCGGACGCCGCAGGUUAGACUAAUACCUUGUCAGAGCUGUGUAAGUGCACUUAGACAUUUUCAGAAUGUUUGUUUUUUGGCCACAGGUUGCCAUUGAUUGUUCGAAGCAUUUUAUUUCCAUGUCUUCCUGUGUUGACGAUUCUAAAUAAAAAAAAAAAAGAACAUUAUUUAUAUAUCAGUGCGGCUGUAACUAUGAUACCGUAUUGUGCAUGUUUCGGAGGAUGUACACAUGUAAACCAGUCACUGAUGAUGUUCUCAGAUAAAAGACGUCUCUCCUCGUGCCAACCUACACAAGUCGGUUGAUCGGUAAAACCCCAGUAAGCACUUUGUGUUGUUUGUGUCUGUCUUAGUCUCACACCCCAGUUGACCUCCUCAUCUACUGACGAGCUUUAGUCCACCGGACCUUUGGUUACACCUGUUGUUACAACACACGUGUCCUGACCCGUCGCCACGCGACAAAGUGCUCUGAAAUCACGACGCGCCGCCAGAACCCGGCGCGGCUGAGUGCCGCUGUGAUCGGACACUUGAUUGUUCCGUCCGAGCUGCAGCCGAAGGCCGCACCAACCCCCGAAGCCCCCGAGACGUCCCAUCGGUCGCCUGCUCUGCCGUUAAGACGCACAGUGGUCAAUGAGCAGCGCAACGCUGUGGAUUGAUCCGUGUGCGCAUGAGCAGAGCGGAAGCGUCAUUAAAAGGAACGGUGACAUUUUGUGCAGCACGUGAUUCCUCUGAUGUCAUGUCGUUUGCAUCUAGUUGAGGUCGGAGGCGAAAGCAGUAGCUAGCUCUUGAGAACAAGAACACAAUGUCCCGUUCACAGUGUGUGCGUUAAGGCCGGUUGUUUUCUCUGUCUCCAGGGGAGACGCCACUGGGUGGAUCAUCACUGUGAUCAGAUUUAGAUAUGUGACAUUCGAUGAGAAUCAAAACAGGUGUAACCACUGUCUAUGGAAUUGUUUGUUUUUUGUUUAUCAACUUAAAUUGGAAUAUCAGCUGUGAAAUCAUCCCCCAAAGAGCAGGCAGAUGUUUUCUAUUGUUCUCCGUCGUCUUUAUUUUUUAUAGUUGUGUUUGUCAUUUGGUUUUUUUCUUUUUUGGAACUCUGCUAUUUCACACUUUGACUCACACUGUCAGGCAACACCAGUCCCCCGACAGUGUGUUUGUGCACAACAAAGUUUGUUUAAACCACUUCUUAGGAAGAGAAAACAAAAACGUGGGCACAUCUGAAAUGUCACUUCAUUGCAUCGUUGCUGCUCACCUGGGCUCCAGGGGCUCGCGAAGGUCAAAGGUGAACCGGAUCUUGGAAAGGGAAGCAGUUUUCCUGAAUUGGUUUUACGCAACAGUUCUCAAAAGAUCUAAAAGAUACAGGCAAAAAGUGAUGAAAGGCUCAAAAGUAUUCCGUGUUGUGAAAACAUGCUAAAUAAAGAUGACGCCUUUUUUCCAACUUG